AUGGGGGACUUCAUAUCAGUGCCUACAGUGGACUUUGGUUGUCUGCAAGACGAGGAGACCAAGCCCCAGGAACUUCUCAACCUUCGUGAUGCUCUUUUCCGCGUUGGGUUCCUGUAUCUUGUAAAUAAUGGAGUAGAGCCACUGAUCCGCGAGCUGCACGGGCAUCUGCCAGCAGCCUUUGCUCUGCCUGCCGAAGAAAAGGAGCGAGUCAACAUGCGCAACUCACCGUCCUUUCUGGGAUAUACCGCCCUUGGAGCAGAAACCACAGCGUCUAAAGCAGACUUGAGGGAGUACCCCAAUCUGAAAAAAUUCCGAGAAGCGGCAGAGCAGUACAUGGCCGCCCUGGAUCGGGUGUCAAAGCUUUUCCUGUGCUUCGUGGCUGAGUCGCUGGAGCUGCCCCCGGACACGUUUGAUAGCUUUGUCGGACGGAUGCACCGGCUCAAGGCCGUCAAAUAUCCGCCCAGCGCGCCGGGAUCGCAGGGGGUCGGGCCUCACAAGGACUCGACCGGCCUCUUCACAUUCCUCUCACAGGACGCAGUUGGGGGGCUGCAGGUGCUCAGCAAGGCCGGCGAGUGGAUCGGGGCGCCGCCGGUUGAUGGAGCCCUCGUCGUCAAUGUGCAGCAGGGCUUCGAGGCCAUCACAGGAGGCGCCUGUCCGGCAACGACGCAUCGGGUCAUCUCACCCACGGCGACGGUGCGGUACAGCAUCCCGUUCUUCCAGGCCGUGCGCCUGGACCUGACCAAUGCACAGCUGCGUGCCUCGGCCGCCCACAUCGUGGCGCGCAUCCCAAUCACAGACGACCGCCGGAAACGGGCCGUUGACGUUCCCAGCGAGUUCCUGUCGCCACUCUUUUCAUGUUUUGGCGAGGCUCAGCUGCGCAACAGGGUCGUCAGUCACCCCGAUGUCGGAAAGCAAUGGUAUCCAGAGCUGUAUGAGAGAUACGUGGAGCAGCAGCUGCCGGUAUGA